AUGUUUAAAGUUAUAUUUAUUACAGUUUUUUUCAUUUUGAAAGAAAGUUGGGGUAUUAUUUAUAAAGCAAAUGAGAGCGAGUACUACAAAAUGCCUGAAUUAUUUGCGAUGGACAAUUAUCAAGCGUGUAUGCAGCCCGGUGGCGUGUAUUGUUUGGCAUCAUAUUAUUUACAUAGCAGAAGCCAUUCAGAUCUCUUGUACUUUAUCGAGGAAUAUUCAAAUUAUAAACUGAAGCAUUUUAAUCAUACACACUUACAUAGAGCGACCUGCGUCACAUCCACGUGCAUUUCUUAUCUAAAUAAGACAUUAGAAACAACGCCGGAUCUAAACAAGACCCUUGAGCGAUGCAUCAAUGAAACUAUAUGGAAAGAAUAUAAAAUAGAGGCAAAAUUAACAAAUAUAUUAUAUUGUAAGGAAUAUGAUAACAGGGUUAUUUUAGAUCCAAGUGACUAUAUCAUAGCAGUUGUAUAUGCGUUGAUUAUAAUCCUCAAUGUAAUUGGAAGCUUUUACGACAUCAUUAUUUGCGAAAAGGAUAAUAAAACAGGAAAUCCAUAUAUACUAGCAUUUUCUUUGCCAAGAAAUUGGACAAAACUUACGGCGCCCAGUGGAGUUGGACCUGACUCGAGAUAUGAAAGAUUGAAAUUAUUUAAUGGACUAAGAGCCUUAACAAUGGUGUGCGUGAUAUUCUCUCACACUGCGCUCGUCAUGUCGUUCACCUAUAUUCAAAAUCCACUUUAUAUUGAAACGACUUACGAAGAUCCUUUGAAGCAGUUACUGUUCAAUGGAAGUUUGGUGACGCAUACAUUCUUCGUUUUGUCAAGUUUUCUGCUAGCAUACAAUUUGCAGAUACACGCGGAGAAGCAAGAGGUCACCUGGGUACAUAUACCAAAGGGCAUCAUCUUCAGGUGGAUUAGACUGACCCCUACAUACGCUCUUGUAUUAGCCACUAUCAGUACUUGGAUGAGGCAUCUAGGUAGUGGACCCUUGUGGGACUUGGUCGUCACAAGCGAAUCUAACUUCUGUAGGCAAUAUUGGUGGGCAAAUAUAUUUUACUUUAACAAUUAUUUAUACUACAAGGACAGGUGUUUCCCUCAAGCAUGGUACUUAGCAGCUGACACUCAGCUUUUCUGCUUGGCUUUGAUUCUUUUGGUGAUCGUCCAAAAUCAAAAAUACAGGAAGGUGUUACUCAUAUUGCUGUUUUUGAUUUCACUAGUCAUCACAGGCGCAAGUACUUACUUCUUCAAUUUAGAUGCUGUAGUCUUACAAUCGCCUGAGACAUAUCGUACAGUCUAUGCCCAUGAUGAUACAUUCAAUUUAGUAUACAUCAGAGGUCACACAAACCUCUCAGCUUAUAUCCUUGGACUCACAGCGGGUCUUCUUACUUACAAAUGGCAAAUGGAAGGAAAUGAUUUGUCUAAAUUAAAGAAGUAUCGCUGGGUCAUGUGGACGUUGUUUCCACUUGGUGUAUUAACCAUUCUAUCGGGCGGCUUCUUUUACAUCGAUGACUACACGCCCUCAACCCUCAUCAUAGUACUAUACGCCUCACUAUACAAGCCCAUCUUUCAAAUAAUUUUAUUAACUUUUAUAGUAGGCUGUAUUUUUAAAUUCGAGCCUGUACAGCGUAAAAUACUAGAAUGGCGAGGUUUCACUUGGGCAGGUAGAGUUACGUACUGCGCGUUCCUGCUCCACACUGUGUUUCAAAGAACCUACGUCGGCAGUCAAACAACACCUUUAGUCAUGUCGGAUUAUUUUGUUAUGAUGUUGCUUUGUUCUUCAAUCUUCUUCUCGUAUGCAUGUGGUGCAAUUCUUUGGCUUUGCGUAGAAGCACCUGUUGCUGGACUGAUGCGUGCUAUACUUGCGCCGAAGAAAAACAAUAUGGAAAAA